UCACUCCUCUCUCUCUCUCUCUCUAAAACGCUCCCCUCAGACGAAGAAGAGAAGAAGUAAAAAAACUCCACUUCUUCUUCUUCUCGUUUUUUCCCCUCUCUGAAAGAAUAGUUCAAAGCUUUCUCUUGUUGUUUUUCUGGGUUCUUUAGAUUUUGCUGUUUGGAUAAAGAAUUGAUCAAACAAAAGAAGAAAGAAAACGAAGUUAUGGCUACUGUUAAUGGGUACCAAAGCAACACUCCAGUGGCCUCUCCGACCACCACAACGGCUACUAAGCAAUCUGUUAAUCCGGUCAAGACCGUUGAUAGUCAAUCUGUGCUUAAAAGAUUGCAGUCUGAACUGAUGGCCUUAAUGAUGAGUGGAGAUUCUGGGAUAUCUGCAUUCCCUGAAGAGGACAACAUAUUCUCCUGGAAAGGUACAAUCCAUGGAAGCAAAGACACAGUUUUUGAAGGCACAGAGUACAAGCUAUCCCUUUAUUUCCCAAACGAUUAUCCAUUCAAGCCUCCCAAGGUGAAGUUUGAAACCGGUUGCUUCCAUCCCAAUGUUGAUGUCUAUGGCAAUAUUUGCUUGGACAUUCUCCAGGAUAAAUGGUCAUCUGCUUAUGAUGUGAGAACAAUUCUGAUAUCUAUCCAGAGCUUGCUUGGAGAACCAAACAUCAGCUCUCCUCUAAACAGUCAAGCAGCUCAGCUAUGGUGCAAUCAAGAAGAAUAUAGGAAGAUGGUUGAGAAAUUGUACAAGCCUCCAAGUGCAAGAAUUGAAGGAGUGUGAAGUUUGAUUGUUAAAAAAAAAAAAAAAAAAAAAAAAA